GCUUUGUUGCACUGACAUGCAAAAAUAUAUGAUAGAUAUCUAUAUAAUUGGCCAGACGUUCCAAAAAAAAAAUCAUUUACAUCGUGACAGUCGUAUAUAAAACAUUGAAAAUGAGAACUACGUUGCUUGUCUUUGCAGCGGCACUUGUUGCUUAUACCCAUGCUGAGAACUGCACCACCACUAGCACCCAGAACCAGUGUACAAGUACCAACUGUUCGCGAGGCUAUCUGAAGGAAUGUGCCAACAAUGUUUGCACGUGCAGUCCAAACACAUGUACCACACAAGGUGAUUGUGCGAAUUUUCUCAACUGCAACAAUCAGUGGCAUUGCGUUGACAACGGCUGUAGAUGUUACUGACACGGACAUUUGAUAUACAAAGGCUGGUCUUCAGCAAUAAAUUUAAAGCAUU